AUGAGCGCUUCCCGACCUCCUACCGGGGUCGAUGGCCUGGUCCAGAAUGCCUCGGCCUCGUCCAGCUCCACUGUCAGGGACGCCUCUCGCCAGCACGUCCACUCGUUCCUCGAGAUUGACGACGAGACAGCGGCCGAGGUGCUCUGCGCCGCCAGAGACCAUCUGACCAUGACCAGCGACUCGAGCCUGGCCAGACCGCCGCCCUUGGCCCCGCGCUACAAUGCACUGCCCGCGCACUCUCCGCGAGGCCUGCACAGCCUGCCCGCAUCCGGCCCGUCGACGCCGCCAGAGCUGCAUCACAACGGCGUCCCAGGCCACCAAUCUGACGGCGAGGUCGUCUCAAGAAGGCCCACUGGCUUCUUGCCGCCGCUCUUCCGCCUUACCUCGGACGACGUCGCCAUCCCCGAUCAGCCCAUGGCAGACGACCGAGGUCAGGCGACGGAUGGCCUGGGCCCGCCCCCGCCCCCGGGGCAUGUGCCGAUGGGCUGGUCAAGCUCGCAGACAUCAAACGCCUCUAGCGACACCGGCACGUCCGCUCAAACCGCGGGCAGUGGCUACCAGGCCCUCGGCGGUCCACCGCAAUUCGAUCUGCGUCUCCAGCCACCGCCGCCCGGCUACCACACCCACGACUUCCCGCCCACGCCCCCGGCCAUCGAUUUCGCCGGGAACCAGCCCUCUCCCUUCAACGAGGCCUUCCAACGGCAGCUGCAGCUGCAAGAUGCCUACUCUCCACCGCCUCCGCCGGAUCAUCCCCCGCCGCCCAUUGACGCAGGGCCAGGAGGCGUCCCGGGAGGCGCGGCGGCAGGUGGUGGCGGCGGUCGCUUCCCGAGAUGGCGGGGCUGGCUGGAGAAGAGAGCGUUGGAACGCCACUACGCGCGGAUGGAUGCAGCUGCGGGAGCCUCGACGUCGGUCGAUGCCAACGGCAACCUCCUGGUCCAGCCGCCCAUCAGGAAAAAGAGUUGGGGCACGGGCGUCAAUGACCCGGACGCAGUUGAGGAUGACCUCGAUGUCGGCAGCAGCAGCAGUGACGACGAAGAUGGCGAGGACGGUUGGAGCCCUGUGGAUCCUGGCUCCUUGCCACCGCUCCACGUCCACCACUACGGCUCCAGAUUCAUCCCACACCUUCACUCGCAGCCGCUCUGCUCGGUCCUCCUCGAGCUGCCACCUGCGCCUCCUCUUCCCGGGGUCCGACGCUUUCGAGCUCGACCGAGGCAAGUGGUCCUGGUCGGCACAGCAGACGGCCUAUUCCUCUUCCAAAAGCCAGUUCGCCCGCCCCGCGACAAGCACCAGCAAGCGCCGCGAGGUGCCCAGAGCUCGACGGGAUCCUCAUCGCAGGAGGCGGCGCACGCACGAAUCGAGGAGGCCAAGUGCAUCCACGUCUGGUCAGGCCUUGGCAUCUAUCAAAUGUGCGUGCUCUCGUCCAACGAGCCGGUCUCUUCGCCCGGGCCGUUCGCUUCAGCGGCCCGGUCGGGGAGGGGCGCCUCUGGCAUCUUGCUGGCCCUCACGGCACCGACGACGGCGGUCACGUCGUCAUACCUGCCGAAGCCUCUGGUGCAGCUGAGCGCCCACGCAGGCACGGUCUUUGAGAGCGUGACGACGUCGGCUUCCGGCGGCCCCGGCAGCUCUUCGAAUUCCAGCCACGGGCACGGCGCGAGCUUUCCCGACGGCACCGAAGGCAUCGCGGCGGCCAACUUCGGGUGCGCUGCGGGCGGCGGACCAGGUCGAGCGGUUCCACCAGGCGGAACCGGAUCGGUUCGGAUGUGGAAUCUCGAGGCGCUCAGAAAGGUGCUGCUGUACGCCCUCGACCACGAGGCGCCCAAGCUGCCUAUGGACCUCGUCGGCGAGCGCACCGCGUCCAAGGAGAAGAAGAACACACUCGCAGCGAUCCUCAAAAGGACCUUCGCCAAGGAAAAGUCCAAGGGCGACAGGCACGCAAAGAGUCCGGGCCACAGCCGAAGAGGGACCAGCGAUGGCGUCGGUACCAUCGACCCUCUGCCCUCUGACCUCGGAACGGCCGACAGCCGACGAAGCUCUCCCAGGCUGACUGCGAGGGCCCUCGACGACCCAUCGGAUCGAUCCAGCUUCCGGCCGUCGUUGGAUCUCGGACGCGAGACAAGCCGGGCGUCGUUCCAGAGCGACAGCUUUAGCGUGGAAAGUUUCGCCGCGUCGAGCACAAAGGACGACAGGGACGGUGCGAGCCUGCUCGCCAAGGAUCCCGACCUCGCCACGGCGCUCGCGCUCGCGCUCAGCUCGGUGCCAAUCAGCGCCCCGACGUCGAGCGCCUCUGCGCCCGGCCAGUCCGCUCAGGGCUCCUACACAUCGCUCUUUGGGGCCGACGCGUACGGUCCAGCGGCCGCAAAGCAUGCCUCAGGCAAGGGCAAGGACCGCGACCACUCGGCGUCAGCCACUGGUCGUGGCGUGUUGUUCUUCACCGUCCACGAGGCAGGUCCGGAUACCAAGGGCAGCGGCACCUGGUACCUGGCGCUGGCGACGUCAAAGAGCGUGAUGGUGUACGAGGCAGUGCCGGCGAAGCGGGGUGGAGGACGUUCUUGGGCCUGGAUGAAGGAGCUGUACGCUCCCUUUGCGAUCAAGGCCGUCGCGUUCGCCCCUGCGCUGGUGGCCGACAGUGCGCUGGCAUCGGGAUCGCCGACGUCGUCCGGCGGUGGAGCAGUCAGUGCGAGCAUGAAGCUCAAGGUCUCGUCAGCCGACGCACCGCUCUCGGCCUCUCCAAAGGGGGCAGGCCACGGGGGUCACAACGCAAAGCGGCCGCUCAGCGGCUACUCGAGCAUCCUCAAGCCUUACCACUCCCUAGCCAGCGCCGCCCCGAGCUCGUGGCACCGCGCUGACCUCUGUGUCAUGGUCAGCUUCGGUCGCAGAUCUGUCGUUAUCCGGCUCAGCGAUUCCAACGUGCGCGAGUUUGAGCUGAUGCCCUUGGCGGAUGUCGUCGCAGCCGCUCCAGGCAACGGAUCCCUCGGGCAAUCGCAUCUGGCGCUGCUGCCUCAGGUCGCUGGCCCGACGGCGUCGCCUAGCAGCAAGGAGAAGGCACCCAGACCCCGCAGCAUCAUCUCGCUCGGCCUCGGACCGACAGCUUCCAACACUUCGUCGGCGGGCGCCACGAGGUCGAACGCGGGCCACGAGCGUCAGAGGGAGAACGGCACGCAGGACCUCAAGUCGAGCAGCAAGCACAAUUGGGUCGGCUUCACUGCACUUCAAGCGCAGAUCCGGGUUCGGCAGCACAUUGUUGAUGCCGAGCCGACGCACUCCCGCAGUCGCAGCUCGGUGCCACCGGGAGCCGAGUCGUUUGUGCGCAGUGGCGCGCCUCCUCGCCCUGCAUCGUAUGCGCAGCCGCUUGCCAGGCCGCUGCCCCAGGUUCCGGGCGCGCGCGAAGCGACGGCGGCGCAGCGCGAAAAGGAGCUGCCUCGUCCGCCGCCGCCGCAGUCGUUGUCGUUUGAUCGCCGCGCCUCGAGACAGUACCUUGAUGACGCGAGCCGGCGGGCAUACGAGGCCGUUCAGGCCGAAAGCAGCAGCAGCGGAAGCGAUGACGAUUACGGUCCGUCCAGCGUUCCACCAGCACGGGGCUACUCGCUGCACGACACGGCGCCGAACAGACCCGGCGCAAGCGGUGGGGAUGCCCAGGGCGCACGCGGCGGCCGCAGCAGCCGUCAGCCGCUCAGGCGAAGCAGCAGCACGCCCGACCUCACCGCGGGAACGAAUCUCGUCUCGGUGCGGAUGGCCCUGGUCUCGCGAGGCAGCAUCACGCAGGUGCUGCCGCUGCCCUUGCCGGUCGAUCUGGCACGGCCGCUUCCCUUGGCGGCCCUGCAGUGGUCGGACACGCCCAAUUCGGUCUCGGGCUGGGCGCGGGUGCUGGGCGUCGAGCGGGCCCGAUCGAGUGGACCGGUCUCGGUCGACCAUCUGAGGAGCGGCGCAAGGACUGCCGGCAACGUUGGCGGGGGACUGUCGUCUUCCCGGCCCCAGCUCAUCUCGCGCAACUCUUCUUCCAGCCUCAACAAGGGCAACGUGCUCGGCAUCCACGUCGGCAUCACCGCCGUGGCGUUCCUGCCGAGCCGGAUCGAGAUGAAGCGGGUCAGCUUCAAGACGGAGGCGGUGGUCAACUUUGACCUGCACCGAAACGCCGAGCUUGAGCUGGUGCCUUUGGUGCCCCUGUCAGACUAUCAGAGGCCAGCGGGGCCGGCGAUGUCCGCGCAGGCCGAGCAAGGCCACCCGCCCUCCAUGCCUCGCGCAGGCCACACCCGGUCGAGGAACAGUAUCUUCGGCUCCGACUCGGCGGCCGGGGGAUGUUGGCAAGCGCCAGCGUCGAGAUCGAUGUCGCGGCCUGUGUCGACCGUCUCGACCUCGACGGCGCAUUCGACGGCGGCAGAUUCGAGCGUCGCGGGCUACGAGACGGCAUGGGAUGCGGCGACGGCCGAGGAGGAUGCGGAUGCGCGCGCCUGGUCCGACGUCGAGCUCGAAUACCUCUGCGGCAACCUGCUGACCGUCAGCCCCAUCGACCUCGACGCCAGCGCGGCAGGGUCCGAGGCUGCCGUCUUCCGGCUGUCCGGCCAAAACAGCGAAGGCACCACGAGCCCGGGCCAGGUGCUGAGGGAGUUGGCCGGCGAUGGUGGCAUCGUCGCGUACGACUGGAGGGGUGCCGAGGACUACCGGAUCUUCUGCGUCGGCGCCCAGGGCUAG